CGGAGUAUGAAACUCCCGGCAUGUUCUCAGGGCGGAGGAUCAUACUGCGCAGACCUUGCGAUCUCGCCACCGAACUUGAUAAUGAAUGCUCCCUGACGACUACCGAUUUUACUCCGUUACGACAUGUCAUGGUGCAUUGGGCGAGGGCUGCCGUGGCUGUACAUAGUAGCGGCGACCAUAGCCUUCGGACAUCAUAGUGGCCCAGAGUAGGGCGAUUGGAGCCUCUCUCACAACACACAAUGGUGAUCUCGCUACAUUUCGCUGUUGCAACGAGACCUACAAGUGGGAUUUGGGCUUUCGCAAUGUCGUCGAGUGUGCAAGACGUUCAGGCAGGAGUCUCGAAGAUGAGCACUAUGAUUCUGGCCCACACAACGCAAGAGAGGCCCCUCGUUAGACCAUCGAGGAGACUGGAAUCGCACUGGAACCUUUCGUUGUUUUCUAGCGGGUUGGCAAGUGGUGGAACAUUACAGCACAGAAAGAAGCCAAGAGAUAUGCUCACUGUAGCCAAGAGAGAUUGCAUGAACCUUGCAAAGUUUAAAUCUCUGAUUAGUUGACGUUGACGAACUAUGCUUCCUUACCUAUUCUC